AUGCAAAAUUCAUACAGUUCACCCACUGGUGACCUCUGCAUGAUACAGUGUACUACCGGCUUGUUGCUGUAUUACUCUGACGCUGCCACGGCAGGAGCCGCCCCGCCGCCGGUCAGAUGCAUGCUCCUGCGCGCCGCAGCCGCCGCACAACCAGGCCGCGCAGGUGCAGCAACAGAUGGCCGGCGCCGUCCCGAGAGCUACCACGCAAACCAGCGCGAGCACAAGCGCCACUGCCAGCGCCCAACUCGGGCAACGACGGCCUCCGCAGCUGGCUCCCCCGGUUGCUGUCGGUCUCCCCAGCUCAAGAAGAGGACCAUCCGCACGCGCGGCUGCAUCGACACCGCGUCCCUGCCACCGCAGUGUCGCGCGCUGGUCGUCGCCCGUGCCAGCCACACUGCGCUCCGUCGAUGCUCCGCCAGUGCGCUCGCCGUUGCCGGAUCCUCCGCGGCUGGUGCGGUGUCCGGUGACGAGGAUCUGAAGGAGCCCCUCCUUGUCCCUCGCCUUGGCCGCCAGCCUGAGCUCCCGCAGCGCGGCGGGGAGCCUGGACCUCUUGCUCCUCUUCUUCUUCAUGGCGUCGCUCCGGCACAAGGACGGCUUCGGGGAGCUGUCGACUCGCCGGAGAGCUCUACCGCCGCAGCUGCCACCGAUCAUAGAAGACCCAUGGAGCAGAUGCAUGGAUGGGUCGAUGAUGUCGGUGUACUACAACGCUACCACCGGCUCGCGCUAGCUUGCGUCCCGUGCAACUCCGAUCGAUCGACGCGGCUGUUGAGUGUCAAACUGGCUCCUCUGGUCGCCGAUGCUAGCUGGACGGCCGAGCUCGUCUCUGGUCAGCUGCAGCUAUAUGCAUCUUGUUAUUUAUACCCGCUAGCAAAGUAG